AACCCUCCGACGACCCUGCCCCGGCCGCCCCCCGGAGCCACUCUUUCAUUCAUUCUUCACUUCACCACUCACCACUCACCACUCACCACUCACCACCACCCCUAUUCCCCUCUCCCUUUCUGUUUCUGUCGUCUUCAAUACUCAGGGGCGAGGGCGGGAGCCACUUCUGGAUCUGCUGCUUCCUGCAAUCUAGCGUUUCUACCCGGGGUUUCUGCAACUCUACCCGCCUUUCUUCUUCUUCUUCCCUUUUCUUCUCCUUCGAUUCUGAGAUCUGAUUGCUUCUCCUGGCUUGGCUCGAGAUCCGGGCCAAGGGCAGAAGCUUUUUUUUUUCAAGAAAGAUCUCUGCAACUUCAAUGUUGGAUUAGGGUUCUUACUCACUGGUUUUAUCCACUUGAAGUGCAGAGGUUUUUCUUACUUACACUUUUCCUUUUACGCGUCGCUUCUGUACAUCUACAAGUAAAUGGCUUCAAAUGAGGGUUUUCUGACCGAUGAGCAGAGGGAAUUGUUAAGACAAGCAUCGCAGAAUGCGGAGGUUCUAUCCUCGUCACCCAAAUCCCCUUCAUCGUUACUCUCUGAACAUCAGAUAAAGAUUUCCACGGGUGGGAGAGCUCCCUCGCUUGGAUUUGCUGUCAGGCACGUGCGCAGGUCACACUCUGGAAAGCUUCCGCGCGUGAAGAAGGAUGGUGCUGGUGGCAAGGGCACGUGGGGUAAACUACUUGACACUGAUGGCGAUUCAUGUGUUGAUCGGAAUGAUCCAAACUACGACAGUGGAGAGGAACCAUAUCAUCUCAUAGGCACUACCGUCUCUGAUCCCUUCGAUGAAUAUAAGAAAGUAGUGGUUUCUAUCAUAGAGGAGUACUUCAGCACUGGUGGUGUGGAGUUAGCAGCAUCUGAUCUCAGAGAUCUAGGGUCAAGUGAGUAUCAUCAUUACUUUGUUAAGAGGCUUGUCUCCAUGGCCAUGGAUAGGCAUGAUAAGGAGAAGGAAAUGGCUUCUGUUUUGCUCUCUGCUCUCUAUGCUGACGUGAUCAGCUCAGCCCAGAUCAGCCAAGGAUUCGUAAUGCUUCUUGAAUCUGCUGAUGAUUUGGCGCUUGACAUACUUGAUGCAGUUGAUAUCCUGGCAUUGUUUAUUGCACGUGCAGUAGUUGAUGACAUCCUCCCUCCAGCAUUCCUGACCAGAGCAAAGAAAACGCUCCCAGAAACCUCAAAAGGACUUCAAGUUAUACAAACUGCUGAAAAAAGCUACCUUUCAGCUCCUCACCAUGCAGAAUUUGUGGAAAGAAGAUGGGGUGGCAGCACCCACGUCACAGUUGAGGAGGUCAAGAAAAAGAUGGCAGAUUUAUUGAGGGAAUACGUUGAGAGUGGUGAUGCUGCAGAGGCCUGCAGGUGUAUAAGAGAAUUAGGGGUGUCGUUCUUCCAUCAUGAGGUUGUUAAGAGAGCUCUAGUCCUUGCCAUGGAAAUCCAAGCAGCAGAGGUGCAUAUAUUAGAACUGUUGAAAGAAGCAGCAGAAGAGGGCCUCAUAAGUUCUAGUCAGAUGGCUAAAGGAUUUGGCCGGCUUGCUGAGAGCCUUGAUGACCUUUCUCUUGACAUCCCAUCUGCAAAAGCCUUAUUCCAGUCUAUGGUCCCAAAGGCAAUUUCUGAGGGAUGGCUAGAUCCUUCGUUUCUCAAACCAUCAGGUGAAGGUGGUAAGUUAGAAGAUGAUGACAAACGUCUGAGAGACUUCAAGGAAGAGGCUGUGACCAUCAUUCAUGAAUAUUUUCUAUCAGAUGACAUACCCGAACUCAUCAGAAGCCUUGAAGAUUUAGCAGCUCCAGAAUUCAACCCUAUUUUCCUCAAGAAGCUGAUCACCCUUGCCAUGGACAGGAAGAACAGGGAGAAAGAAAUGGCAUCCGUUCUGCUAUCAUCACUACAUACAGAGAUUUUCUCAACUGAGGACAUGGUUAAUGGGUUUGUCAUGCUUCUGGAAUCUGCGGAGGAUACAGCGUUAGACAUAUUGGAUGCCUCAAAUGAGCUAGCAUUCUUCCUGGCCAGAGCAGUAAUCGAUGAUGUCCUGGUCCCACUAAAUUUGGAUGAGAUUAGCAGCAAGCUGCCACCCAAUUGUAGUGGGAGCGAGACCGUUCACAUGGCCCGGUCACUUGUUGCUGCCCGUCAUGCAGGUGAAAGGAUCUUGAGGUGCUGGGGAGGUGGCACUGGUUGGGCGGUUGAGGAUGCCAAGGAUAAGAUAACGAAGCUUCUGGAGGAGUAUGAAAGCGGAGGUGUGGUUAGUGAAGCUUGCCAAUGCAUCCGUGACCUUGGGAUGCCAUUCUUUAACCAUGAGGUUGUGAAGAAGGCGCUGGUUAUGGCCAUGGAAAAGAAGAAUGACAGGAUGCUGGAUCUGCUGCAGGAGUGCUUCGGAGAAGGACUGAUCACCAUUAACCAGAUGACAAAAGGCUUUGUCAGGAUCAGGGAUGGGCUUGAUGAUCUGGCUCUCGACAUUCCAAAUGCAGGGGAGAAGUUUAGGUUCUAUGUGGAACAUGCCAAGAGGAACGGGUGGCUGUUGCCAUCUUUUGCAUUAUCUGGUGUGGAUGCUACUCCUUCACCUUCUUCCCCUUCUACCCUUGGUUGAGAAACCAAUGGAAAAAUGGAGAAAGUAAAAAAAUAAAAGAAAAGAAAAGCUUUCUGCUUGUUUAUCGUGUAUGUUGUUGCAUUGCAUCGUACCCCCUCUCAUGACUGUUUACUUGUAUGCCUUGGAGGUGCAUAGGAAUAGGAUGGGUGGCUUUCUUCUGAUGGUGUUUUUCUCAGUAGCCUGAUGGAGAGGUCUUUUAUGUUCUUUUAUUUGGAUUGAUCCCGCCUUCUGUAUAGAGAUUGAUCUUUGAUACCUGUUCAUGCAGGUUUAGAUUCAGUUUGCAUUGAGAUAUCAAGUAGAAGCUAUAAACAAGUUGGUCAUAAAAAAACAAGUUGGAGAAAAUGCUGUUAUAAAAUGUCAUGCCUGUUUGGUCGGUGUACUUGUUUUACAGACGCAUGGUUCACCUGGUUAACACUUUACAGUGACACUUUAUCAUAUCUGUUGUCGGUGAUGAUGACGGGGAUCGUGUUAUAAACGUUAAUAGCUUUGAAUGAUAUAUUCCUCUUGACUUC